AUGGCUAUGCUGGCAACUAACAAUCCAAAAAAGUCAUUACCUAAUGUAUCCUGCUCGAACCAGGCGUGUCAAGUACUGUCUAUUGAUGUUGAAUGUGUAGCUACAGGAAAAUCCCAUUUGGAUCGGUCACCAUGCAGAGUCGCCAUUGUUAAUGAAAAAUGCGAAAUCAUCUUCACUUCAUUGAUCAAACCCGACAAACCUGUCGUUAGUGAUUUGUUUCCUUUCACUGGUGUACGCAAAUCACAGCUUAUUAGUGCUCCGUCGUUCGACGAAGUUAUCGAGAAAGUAAUUCAGAUAUCUCAAAUAUCUAUGUUUUACAUUGAUCUCACCCNUCUAAUGGCACAGUUAGAUAGAGCGCAUCAAACCGCACUAGAAAAACCAACAGAUACAAUAUAG